AUGAGCUUUGGCAGCGGCUACAUGUCCAUCGGGAGCUGGCCGCAGGACGUCAAGAUGAGCGAUCCUAUCAUUACCGCGUUCAUGUUUCUGGAUGGCGUUCCGAAGCUGGCGGAUCUAGAGGAGGUGUGCUCGAAGGUACUGCGGCAUGAGAACUUCAAGGCGCUUCCUGUGCGGCGUGCCUGGUCUUACUCGACGCGGUUUGAGUGGCGUGAUAUCGAGGUGAAGCCAUCGGACGUGAUAACGUCGGUGAAAGCCGACGGAUCGGCGGCGGUUCUUGCGGAGAUGGACAGAGUCAAGGACACUCCGCUGCGACAGGCGACCUUCGACGGCAGGGAGCUACCGUUAUGGGGUCUGCACCUGAUCGAGAACACGGCUGAAGGCGAAGCUGGGGUAGGGGCUGCUGUCUUGGCCCUCCGGGUUCACCACACGCUGGGGGAUGGCAUGUCUAUGGUGGGGGUGAGCCGCAGCGUGUUGGAGGCGGCUGGCGGAGGAGAGCUAGGGGCGGGCUUGAACGGCAGUUCGGCGGCGGAGGCUGUUGUGAAGCCAGCUAACAGGGGGCUGUCCAACUUCAGCACGGGAAAGGUUGGUGAUCUGUCUGUCUCUCUCUAG